UUAACGUCCAUGCCGCGGUCGAGGAAAUGGUUUUCUAUCCUGCAAUUGGCAAAUACUUGAAUGAUGGACAAGAUCUCGUUGAUCAUACUCGCCAUGAUCACGAAGUUGUUAAAACGGCCCUAGAUAAGCUUGAUUGUAUUGCUGUUAUCGAUCCUGAAUAUGAAGAAAAAUUGCGCAAAGCUAUGAAGAACCUCUUUGAGCAUGUUCGCGAAGAGGAAGAGGAAAUUCUCCCUAAAUUUAAAAAAGUCGUCAGCGGAAAGAUCUUGGAAGAACUCGGCAAAAAAUUUAACGAAGCGAGAAGACACUACGUUCCUCCUAGACCUCAUCCAUCCGUCAGCGAAACCGAAAAGUCGUGCAAAGAGAAUAACGCUCAAGAAAAUGCUACGGUUACUGACAAAAAUGAACCAUGCGAAUAUGUAGACACAGGUCAAGUCUGUUAG